CUGAUUCCUGGAAAGUUCCUGGAAAUGGUUCUUUGGUGCAGGACCGUGUUUAUGGGCGCGCACUGCCUUUACUGCCCCGCUAUCAACAGUGAUGGUCGGGCAACAUGUUUCACCGCCGACUGAUUCUCCAGACGCGAAGACCUGGGCUUUGAAAUGCAGAUCUCCUCGUCACACAUUGACUAGCCGUCAUACAUCGGAGUCGUUUUGCGCGGAAUAGGAGACGUGUGUUUUACAGGGUCACCGUCGAGUCGCGCGUUGGAUGUGUGCGCAAAACCUACCACCUCCUUCCACCCGGACCGGGUCUGGCAACAUUCUACACCUUUUAUUCUAAUGCGGAAACUUGAAGAUACGAGGAAACACCAUGAGAGCAAACAUCUCCCCCAGGCACCGCUGAUCGUGUUUGCACACACACUGUGUCAACGUUUCAAGCAGAAGUUCAAAGCUUUUGGAGUCACCUGGCUGGUCAAGCGUCCGUCUGAUGUCCGUUCUGCUGGCCGGCUGCAGCUAGACAACAAGGUCGUUCCACCAAUGACCUGCCAGUCCUCCGAGCCUCCAGACGCCAUCCAGCAGCAUGACAGACGGGCGGACAGCGACCCGAGGGCUGGAGACUCCGACGAGAAUCGCAUCGCGUCGGCUAUGAAAGAUCUGAAGAACACAGGCUGGUACUGGGGCAGCCUCACGGCCCACGAGGCGAAGGAGAUCCUGCACGACGCUCCCGAGGGGACCUUCCUGGUGCGGGACAGCUCGCAGCGGGACUACCUGUUCACCAUCUCGGCCAUGACGUCGGCCGGCCCCACCAACCUGCGCAUCGAGUUCAAGGACGGCAAGUUCAAGCUGGACUCGGUGGUGCUGAUCAAGCCCAAGCUGCGUCAGUUCGACAGCGUGGUGCUGCUGGUGGAGCACUACGUCCAGCUGUCCCGCAACAGCUCCAAGGCCGGCGGGAGGGACGGCGCCAAGACGGGCGGCGGGGCGGCGGCGGCGGUGGACAACCCUCCGGCGGCGGCGGCGGCGGUGGCGUUGCCGCCGGCGGCGCCCAGCGGCACGGUCCAGCUGCUCCUGACCAAGCCGGUGUACACGGCGGCCCCCGCGCUGCAGCACCUCUGCCGCGUGUCCAUCAACCGGAGCGCCCGCAGCGUACGGGACCUCCCGCUGCCCAACCGGCUCAAGGACUACCUGACGGACUACGCCUUCAACGUCUGACGGACGGACGGACGGACGGCGGAGACUGUCCCCGCCUCGCGCAGACCCGGGGGAGAAGGGCGAUUGGUUAGGGCGGGCGUGCGCGUGCGUGCGUGACACGCAGGCGGGCGCACCCUUUGACCGCUGCUUUGAUCGCGAGGGGGGGCUGGCACUUGCAGACUCUGAGAAUGACCACUCACCUUCAAGAGGAGGAGGAGGAGGAGGAAGAGGAGGAGGAAGAGGAGGAGUGACGGGAGGCAGGCAGUACCACCGUCCCCCCUUUGAGACACUCCCGGUGGCGUCCUGAUCGUCGUGGGCCCGGGGGGGUCUUUGACCUUUUGAGACUUGUCCCAAAGGAAUAUAAUUAGUAAGAGAAUGAUGA